AGCUUCAUCAGUUCAUCUUCAUGUUCACUGCAAGAAAACUGAACAAAGCCUCUCUUUCACGCUCGCUCACUCCCACUUCCUGAAGUCUCAUCUUUAAAGCAAAGAACCAAUUCUUGUACAAAUUUUUUCACUCCUUGAUUCAUUCCAAAGAAACCCAUUUAAGCAUUCUCCCUGUACUUCUCUCCCUUCCUUCUCUUCAGGGUCCUGUCUUACUUCAAAGUGAUGAUUCAUUUCUAAAGCUUAUGAUAAUUGCUGAUAUAAUGAGGUUCUUUUUACAGAUUUUGUGACCCUUUGUGAUGUUCUUUUGUGGGUUUUGUUGAUAAUUUACAGAUGAAUUAGGAUAUGAUUACAAGACAAAUAAUCAAAAAUAUGGCUGGGGAUAUUCAAGAACCAUUUAGGCUUAGUUUUCAGGCGGAUUCUUUACACUCUGGCUCCAUUUCAUUUGGAAGAUUUGAAACAGAAGCUUUAUGUUGGGAGCGGAGGUCAUCCUUCUCGCAUAAUCGUUAUCUUGCAGAGGUUGAGAAAUGCUCAAAACCUGGUUCGGUUACUGAGAAGAAGGCAUAUUUUGAGGCCCACUUUAGGAGGAAGGCACUUUUGAGCCAGAACCUAUCAGAAUGUCAGAGUGGGAUUGACUGUCAAAAUAGUGGAAGUGAAAAAUUGCACAACUUGGGUUGUGAAGAGGACAUUGAGAAUCUUAAUGAGCAUAGCACUGUGACAAGCUAUGAUGACAGUCAUGAUCAUUCAUUCGACAGUCAAGGUCAUUCAUUCGAUGAAAGAGAGCUUGAACUGAGAAAAUAUGAAUUAGAUUAUUCUGCGUCUUCAUACUCUAAGCCUGAGAGUGAACAUGAUAAUAAUGCCAAUUUCGAGGAACUUCAUGCUCUUAGUCAUGGUCACUCAGUACUUGAAAGUGAUGUUGAAGCAGCAGAACAUGAAUUGGACCAUUCUGGAACUUCACAUUCUAAGCCUGAAGCUGGUCACACCUCUGAUAAUUCCAAUGUUGAGGAUGUUGUUUGUGAACAUGACAAAAUAGAAGAAACAUGUCAGUCUGGAGGCAGAAAUUCACCUCUGAGAACUUGUGAACCAGAAACUCAUGUAAAACAGAACCACAGUGGUGAUAGUGAAGCAACAAGUUCAGAUAUGUCAUCUAAAACUGGAACUUGGUUGCCCGGGAGUCCCACGGCUGAGCAAGAAGUUUGUUCAAGACACGAAGUAGGUUGUCGUUCCAAGGCAAAGCUUGGGUCAUCACAAACUAAACUUGCAAAGUCCAAAUUGACAACGUCUCAGCUCAGUGUUGUUCAGGCCAAGAAAAGCAUGUCAAGUGAAGCUUCUAAGUGCUUUACAAAGAGGCCUUCUAAGAGUGAUACUAAUGCUUCAGUAAGAUCCAGAAAGGAAAAGCAAUUAUGUGAUUCUGCAGCUUCAGCAAUGUAUUCUGCUCCCAAAGCAUCAACCUGUGAGGUUUCUCAGAGUUUUAAGACAAAACUACCUGAAAACAAAAGCCAAAGCAAUGCAAAAGAAUCAACAACAAAAAAGGCUGUCAGUUCUCGGCCUUCUACAGCAGACAAGCUUGCCCCUAGAUUAAGUUCUCGGCCUUCUACAGCAGACAAGAUUGCCCCUAUAAUAAGUUCUCGGCCUUCUACAGCAGACAAGGCUGCCCCUAGAACACACCACAAUGCAAGCAGGCCAAUGCGAUCUGUUAAUUCAUCCAAGCAAUUUAUCAAAUCAAGUGCUUCUGCUUUCAGCUUCAAAAGUGAUGAACGUGCUGAGAAGAGGAAAGAGUUUAAUAACAAGUUGGAGGAGAAAAUGCAUGCUAAGGAGACUGAAAUGCUGGAAGUUAGAGCUAAAAAGCAGUUUAUGUUAUUCCAGGAAAAGACUGAAGCAGACAUUAAGCAGUUGCGCAGAAGCCUAAACUUUAAAGCAACACCAAUGCCUUCAUUUUAUACUGAAGCUGGACGAUGGUCGGAUAAAAACAAGGUUUUAGCUAAUAAUGGAAAAUCAAGUAAAGUCCAAAAUAGGCCUUCAAGCACUGCAAUUGGAGCUACUGCAGCGUCACGAUCAUGUUCAAAUCGGGGAAGCGGCCAAGCAUGUUUUACUACUGAAUCUGCAAAAGCAGUGAACUCACCACCACUAUCUGGAGCUGCCCGUUAUCAUUCAGCAGUCCGUUCUGAGAGAAAUAUACGUUUCUCAGAUCUUGCAGCUAGUAAUUGCCAUCCUACUGCAUCUGCAAUAGGGCUUGCAGGGAAGGAAGACCAGGAAAAGGUCAAGCAUACAAGUUUACAGAAAGAAAGAGCAUCAGAAGCUAACAAGCUGAAUAAAGGCCAGAAAGUCGAGGGGAAACAUAAGGUGGGAUUUGAGAGAAGGACGAAGGGUGUGAUAAAAAAGGGCAUUAAAGCUGUUGACCUAUGCAACAGCUCAAGAAUAAAUAACCUAGCUGUUGGCGUUGCUUCCUAAAUCGCUGAGGUUCUUAUUUCCAUCCAUUUCUGUAGCCAUCUGGAGACUUUAUACCUCUCUGUUCAAUGUUUCCAUGCCUUCCAGUUCUGAGUACUGCAGUUGGCAAAAUGAACUUUUCUUGGAUAGAACAGUCGAACAUAAUCUGCUGAAGCAGAUACCAUGGUUGUGACUGCAACACCAACAAGAUGAACUCUGAAGCGUAAAAUUUCCGCUUGGAUACAAUCAAGUCUAAUGUAAAUGCUAGUUGGAUACACAAUAGAAUGCUUAUAGUUCCUGCAGUUGGAGAAUUUUCUACAAUUCUAGACUUUGAUCGUGUUACAACCAGAAAUCCAUGAAAAUUUCCCAGUUAAUUUGGUGUGGUUGCCAACGCAUUUCUACUGAAAAAAUAGUAGUGAUAAUAAAGUACUUGUGAUCUAGAGCAUGUUUGAGGCAGACAGGUUAUCUAGAGCUCUAAGUUGAUAAAUACAAAGGAAGCAAUCCGUAGUUGUUGAUGUUUA